AUGAGAAGGUGGAUUGAACACCAGCUGGGGCCUUGUGGAGUACUGGACAGCCAGCUGUUUCAUCUCAUCAGUCUAGUUUGGGAAUCAUCAUCAUCAUCAUCAUCAUCAUCAUCAUCAUCAUCAUCAUCAUCAUCAUCAUCAUCAUCAUCAUCAUCAUCAUCAUCAUCAUCAUCAUCAUCAUCAUCAUCAUCAUCAUCAUCAUCAUCAUCAUCAUCAUCAUCAUCAUCAUCAUCAUCAUCAUCAUCAUCAUCAUCAUCAUCAUCAUCAUCAUCAUCAUCAUCAUCAUCAUCAUCAUCAUCAUCAUCAUCAUCAUCAUCAAAUCACCUCAAUGGGUAG